AAAUAGGCUACACUACGUAUAAUUUUUGUCUGCGUCGUCCAGCCGCCGACCAUAGUUGUUUUCUGUCCAUACAGUGUGCGAGGAGAGGUAAUGUAGCCUACCUUGCUGUGUUCAUAGACUGACGGGUUCACGCCAGUUCACCGGGUUCAUCUGAGGCGAGGACCCACCCCCUCCUCUCAAAGCGCAACGAACGGAGCUAAUCUAAUAUAAUUCAUUUCUAUAUUAAUGUCGGAUUCCAUUUUACUCCGGACCAACUAUCAAGGUUUACAGUGAGCUGCCAAAACAGCCUGUUGUCGUGUGAGAGGAGUCCCAGAAGUUGAGGACAAACAUGAAGCAACACUGUAAUGUCAUCGCGGCUGGCCCAUGACAUUUAAACCCCAUCAGUCCUCUCCACAUACCACUCGCCCUCCGUUACCAUACGGGACAAUCAGUCAGUCACCCAUCAUCUACACACCACUACAAUACAAUGGCCAGCAAGAGGAAGUCAACAGUGCCAUGCAUGAUCCCAUCCAAAAACAAACACAUGCGUGAGGAGAUCAUACUUGGCUGCCUCCCUGAGCUCCUACCCACAAUCCCAGAGGACAGUAUCCUCAGCAUAUCUGGAGAAGACGGACGCCAUUUCUUCAAGGAUUCCUUUAGACCUGAAGUGGGUGACAGAUGGCAGAAAGGGGGCACAUACAGCUGCCCACCUUGCCACUUUGAGUCCAGAGAUCUGAACUACUUUUUGGACCACCUGCACAGCUGCCACGUAGACUUCAGGGCCCAGCCCAGUUUCUACUGCCUGAUCUGUGGUGUGUCAGUGGUCAGGUUUGAGGCCCUAGCCCUGCACAACUCUAAAGCCCACCCUGGGGUGUCGGGGGGCUCUGUCACCGUGUCCCUGCAUGUCAGGAAGAGCGAUGGGGCGACUAUUGUGGAGCAGAGCCUGUUCACAACAAAUGGGGAGGACUCUAACGAUCCUGCAAUCUCCUUCACUAAAACUCCUAUAGUGAGAAUGAUGAAGGCCAAGGGACAGCACAAGAAGAUUGUAGUCUCCCACACAGUAGAGGUGCGGAGGAUAGACACUGGGAAGGAGAUGAAGCAGACAGACCCCACCAUGUUGACGAAUGUGCCUAAACUACAGAAUGGGUCUCUCAGUGGGACCAGUGGCCCUGCUAUGUUGAGGAAACCUCACACUCAUGUGAUAACGACAACGGUGCCCAAUCAAGCCUAUCACCAGCACAGCCCUCCCACUUUCUCAUUCUCCUCCUCAUCCUCCGAUUCCAUCAAAAACCUCCCAAAGGUGAUGAUUCCCCUGAGCAGCAUCCCCACCUAUGAUGCUGCCAUGGACACCAGCAGUUUUCUCAAGACUUCCUUUGGAAAGUUCCCCUACCCGACCAAAGCUGAGCUUUGCUACCUGACCGUGGUCUCUGAUUGGCCAGAGGAGCUGAUCAAACUCUGGUUUACCGCCCAUAGACUCAAACAGGGCAUCAGCUGGUCCCCCGAGGAGAUAGAGGAGGCCAGGAGAAAGAUGUUCAGCACUGUCUUCCAAGGAACAGCACCCCCAAAACAGCCCCCUAAGCAACGGCACAACAAUCAUGUUGUAAACCAACACACUGUCCAUGCCCAGCCUGCUCCAGUGGGCCCCAGCCACCAGGCUGCCAGGGUGUCCCAUGGUAGUGUAGUGAGCAGGCAUGCUGGAGUCAUAGCCACUUCGGCUAGCAUUUCAGCCUCUGGUCACCCGGUCACCACUAGGGUCUCUUAUGUCGCCCCAACCAUGAUCCCCCCGAAAUAUCAGACAGUGGUCAGCGGAACAACGCAGGUAGUAGCCAGGAACACUAUCCCCACUACUGUGCCCAGCCUGGAGUCUGACAAGAGUGUUGCGCAAAGGUUGGGAUUGGCGGGAAACAAUGGUUGUGUCAUUAGCACCAUCAGCAGAAGCAGCAGUAGCAGUAGUAGUUGCAGUAGCAGCAGCAGCAUCAGUAGUUACUCCUCCAUUAGUACUGACGCCGGGGACCAUGGCACUAGGAAACCAAUCAGCAUCAUCAGUUGCACCUCCAACAUUGGCAAUAAUGAUGAUUGUCUCACUGACAGCCAUGACAAACCAAACAAUCAAAGCAGCAGACAUUAUAGCAUACCAUCUGUCCUGGAAGGCUUCAGCAGCAGCAACAAAAGUAAAGUGGUCAUGAGUAAUACCGGCAAAUCUAACGUUAUCGCCUAUAACAUCCAUAGCAACGGCAACACAGCUAAUCAGGAUCAUUACCCAUCAACAAUGGGUGAUGAUGACCGUAACGACAAUAAUAUCCACAAGUCCAACAACGGCAGUAUGAGUAGUGGCUACUCCAGCACUAGCAAUAAUGAUAAUGUCAACAACCUGAACCAUGCCAGCAAAGCCCAAAACGAAAACACCAGCGUCAUUGCCAAAAGCAGCGGCAGCGGCAUAUCUAUUGUAGAGGAUGGCAAAUGCACAAAGGAGGUUCCUAUGAAAGCUAUGUCAGUCCUGCGGCAGCUUAUCAAGGAGGAAGACCAUUUUGGGGAUGACAGGACCUGCCCUGAACUAAAAGUUGACCCCAUAAAGAUCAACCUGCAGAGGUCCAUGGUGAGCGAUCCAGCUUCAAAACCUGAUUCAGAGGCCUUCCCUCCAGAGCUCAAGUCAGAGACGCACAUCUCAGACCUGUCACAACCGUCCUUCUCUGCCCCCUGGGGCAAGAAAACACCCAGGCAGGUGCACCUUCUGAGACAGGCAUUCACCAGCACACGCUGGCCCAGCAGCCAGCAGUCCGAGGAGCUGAGUAUUAUGACGGGUCUGCCCAAGCCAGAGGUGGUCCGCUGGUUCAGUGACAGCCGCUAUAUUCACAAGAACAGCCAGCUGAAAUGGCUGGAGGGCUACCAGUGCCUACCAGCAGAGGGGGAGGAAGGAAAAGGCCCCAGAGACUACAACGCAGGGGCACUGAUCAACCCUCAGGAGGUUCAUAGGAAACUGGUGGAGCAGGAGGUGAACAAGCAGCUUGAUGGAGGACCUGAGGGGCUGAGCUCAGGGCAGCAGGGAUUCUGGUGGGGUGCAGACACACAGAGGCCGCUGUUGAGUCCAGCAGGGCCAGAGGAGACUGGGGAGAGAGAAAGAGCUGUGGAUACAGGGAAUGCCGAAGGACUACAUGGUCACUGGGCAGAGAGGGAGGAUGACCACCAGCAGCCAGUUACCAUCCAGGCCUUUGGUGAGCAGCAGACAGAGCCCAGGGACCGUCUGAUAAUAGAGCUGCUUGAAGUGUGACGGAGUGGCCCAAACCUACCGGGGGUAAAGGAUGGGUUGGCUGGCUGGCUUUACAGAUGGCCAUGGUCUGGUGUGUUCAUUAUGACAGCAGAUGUGAUUGUAGCUGGACCGUUGGACUGUAACUGUGAAUACCCCCAUCACUUCCUGCCAUCCUCUAAAGAAAGAACUUCUCACCUUUUGAGUCCUGUGAUGUUCAAGCCUUUCUUCAUUCUUCUUUGUGGUCCUGUGGGGAAUGGGAUGGUGCGCAUAGAGGGUGGUAAGCCGGAUGAGACAGAGAGAAGACUAACACUGACUGGACAACUGACUUGAAUGAGGGAAGAUGGGAGCGAGAUAAAGAGAUACUGUUUAGGGAAAGGGAGAUGUAUAUGAUUGAAACUGCACUAAAGAGGGGUUUUGUUGACUGGACAAAAUGAGCAGUGUCUAGGAGAUGUUAUUGUUGGCUUUGAUAUUUGUAAUUUUUUUUUUUAGCAACCAGUACUUCAGCACUGCCUUGAAUUUUACUUUCCUCUGUUAAUUGGUUUUUCAAUUUUACUUACUCUUCUUCUAUAGUCACUGUAAGUCCAGAAAUAAUUGAGCCUCUAGUUUUAUUUAUCUCUGUAUAAAUGUUGGUGAUCACUCAACAGUUCAGCUACAGCAGAGUUUCCCAAACUUGGUCCUUGGGAGCACAUUUAUUUUUUUGCCCAAACACUACACAGCUGAUUCAAAUGAUCUAAGCUUGAUGAUUAGUUGAUUAUUUGAAUCAGCUGUGUAGUGUUCGGGCAAAAAACCUAAACGUGCACCCCUUGGGGUCCUGAGGACUGCGUUUGAGAAACCCUGAGCUACACGCAAGAGACAAUACAAUGCACUAGCAGACAGCAAUGCUAAAAUCACACUGCCCCAGAAUAAAGAUAUUGACAGAGCUCUGUCAAAAUCAAUACUGCCCUGGCUGAAUCUACAAACCCAAUCAUAAGAGAAGCCUGUCACGCGAACGUUGCCUUACUAAGUCUGUCCCAAUGCAUUGAUAUGACCGGUCCGCCCAUCACCUAUAGCUUUCCAGCUACUGUGAUGUUGAGAUCAAAAAAAGGUGCCAGUGCAUUAAAGUUACUGCUGUGCUGGUUUAUAUCUGUGAAUAAAUUUUUAAAAAAGAUGCUGCUUCUGUAUUCUUGUAAAAGCUUAACAUUCAGCUGUAAUAUGAAAUAUACUGGCAAAUGCUAUAAAAUAAAUGUCAAUUUGAUCAAAUGCCUUGGAGGACACAGAGGUAGAUCUUGUGCUAGCUAGAGAGCCAAAUGAGGAGAUCUUUUCAUUCUUCUGAAUUUUUCAUAUUAACAAACAUGGUCACUACAUGCGUCUGAUAAGCUGCUAAAUAGCUAAGAACGGUGCUAUACCAUCCAAAGUGAAAUUGGAGGUGAUCUCCUACCAGCAGUGUAUGCACUUGUGUUGAAUGUUACCAAUUUGUUUUGGUUUGAAAAAUAAAGAUGGAAAGAAAUCUGGACUUACGGUGUUAUGAUCACUUUAACUUUUAUGAAAUAGUUUGAUCAUAAAGCACUGUUGUAUCAUCCUUUCUACACUUUCCAGAAUAAAUUCUCACUGAGGAA